CUCAAAGGGUUUUCCUCCAUCUCUCAACAUUCUUUUUUCCUUUAUGAUCAUCAGAAUCACUACUAAGACUUAUUAUAAAUUUGUGUUAUUGCUUCUCAUAUUUUUCAUUCACUCGCAUAUAAACAACUUUCUUACCUCUAUAUUUGUACUAAACAUUCAUACUUACUCUUUCACUCUCUACAACAUUCAAUAUUAUGGAAGCAGAAGGAGGAUUAAGCAACAAAGGUAGUAAUCACAAGGAUUCUAAUGGCCUUAUUGAUGCUUUGUUUUCUUGGGACUUUAACAAUGUCUUCAAUCAAAACAUCUACAAACCCAAGGUAAGAAAGAUCCCAAAAUCAUUUGAAACAGAGGAGCAAUAUAAAGGCUCGUAUAUAUUCCCUUUGUUAGAAGAAACAAGAGCUGAGUUGUGUUCUAAUUUGAAGACAAUUCAAAAAGCACCUUUCUCACAAGUGAUUUCCAUUGAAACUUCAAACACAAAAAAGGACAAAAUCUUGUUCAAUGUUAAUGUUAGCUCUUGGAGAAACACUUAUGGUGGGAAGGGACAACAACCAUACAAAUCACUUCCAGGGGAUUUUUUUGUCAUUUUGGACGUUGACCCUCAAACUAUUACAAGUGAUUAUUUGGAGAAAAGCUCAAAGCUUAAUUGGGCUUUUGCUUGGUUAGGACAAGUUAAUGAUAAUAAUACCCCUACUCAUCUCAAGCUUCAUAUUUCCAACAGCAUGGAUCAACUUAAAUCAACACCACUUUUCAUUGUUUUUCUUAUGAAUCUGACUACCAACUUGAGGAUAUGGAAGACGUUACAAUGUUCUUCUAGUGGCGGGAUCGUCAAGCACGUUUUGGGAACUAUGUCAAUGGAUAAUAAAACUUGCAAACAGUGCAAUAAUCAAACUGAUGGAGAAGAUUCAACUGAAGAUAUGGCAACACUAAGGUUAGCAUCUUUAUCACUGAAUGAAUCCCAAAGAGUAGCAAUAGAAAGUUGCAUUAGAAAGGUUAAAUGCCAACACAAACCUUCAAUAGAGCUUAUAUGGGGUCCACCAGGGACAGGCAAAACCAAAACCACAAGUAUAUUACUUUGGAAAAUCUUAGCAAUAAAUCACCAGAUUAGGACUCUUGCUUGUGCACCCACAAAUGUUGCCAUUACAAAUCUUGCCUCUCAAGUUCUGAAGUUACUUAAACAUGAUUCCCUAAGUAGAAAUGCCAUCUUUUGCCCUUUGGGAGAACUGCUCUUGUUUGGGAACAAAGAUAGGCUUAAAUUUGAUUAUUCUCAUCAAUUGGAAGACAUUUAUUUGGACCGUAGGGUUGAAAAACUUUUCAAGUGUUUAGGACAAUAUGGUUUGAAGUUUCAAAUAUCAUCAAUGAUAGGGAUUUUCCAAGAGAACAAGCUAUCAAAACUGAAGAGAAUGUUCAAAUCAAAUGUUUCAUCACUCUUAGAAUGUGUUCAUAUUUUCACAACUCAUAUACCUCAGCAAGUGAUUAUGGAGCAUAAUUGGAAAAAAUUGGAGAUUCUUGUUGGGUUUAUUUGUGACAUUGGGACACUCUUGAGUAAAAAUAAUUAUAAUUAUGAUGAUGAUGAUACGAUGGGAGAAGCUUUGAUUGAUUUGAAGUGUCAUUUUUUGUUGGUUUUGAGGACACUUUUGGUUUCUCUUGAUGAAAUUGAAGUUCCAAGUAAAUUGAGCAAGAAUUCAAUUGAGAAGUUCUGUUUUCAGAAAGCUUCAUUGAUUUUUAGCACAACAUCAAAUUCCUUCAAAUUAAACUCAGUGAAAAAGAAUUCACUGAAUUUGGUUGUUGUUGAUGAAGCUGCACAAUUGAAGGAAUGUGAAUCCCUUAUACCUUUGCAACUUCCACAUAUAAGCCAUGCUAUUCUUGUUGGCGAUGAGUUCCAAUUACCAGCAACAGUAAAGAGCAAGGUUUGUGAGAGCUAA